GUAUCGGACUGUACUAAGAAAAAAAACAUACUUUUUGUAACUGUUCUGAAAACUUUACUCUCUCAGAGAGAAUCGGCCAUGGCUGAGAGGGAGAGCCUCGAAGCUCUCCAACGACAACAAAACCAGAAAACGCACAGUGAAGUACAAAACGACAACAAUUUAGAACUAGAAGAAGGAGAAGUAGAAGACGAAGAAGAAGAGGAAGAAGACGAGGAAGAAGAGGAAGAGAGUCAACUCAGUGAGUUACAGCAACUACCUGAUUCUCAACACGUGGAGUUAUCGACCUCUCAAGUGGAGGAGUUGAAGGAGUCACAAUUGGAAGGCUUAGUAGCUGCACCUUCCACACAGAUAUUAUCUGAGAACCAUCAGUGUGUUGGUUCGCGGGAUAAUUCAGCUUUGGAACCGCAUGUGGAAGCUGAAUUUAAGGGGCAUGAAGUAUUGGGAAAUCUAACUACCCGGCAUGCUGAGGCUCAGAUCCAAAAUGAGAUUCAGUCUUCUCUAUGCCCAACUUCCUUGUCAGAGCUUUCACCAACUUCUGUUACACAACCUAUAUUGUCUGCUCCAAGUCCAACAUUACCAGAAAUAAGGCAGUCACCAUCAAAGCUUAAUAACGUAUCCGCACAAGAAGCAGAUCAACAAAAUUCUUCUGAUCCUAAAAGUCUCUCUGUUCCCAUUUUGAAAGCACGUAUUCCUGAUGGUUACAGCUGGCGAAAAUAUGGUCAGAAGCAAGUGAAGAGUCCUAAAGGUUCUCGAAGUUAUUACAAGUGCACAUAUUCUGACUGUUUUGCCAAAAAGAUCGAAUGUGCAGACCAUUCAGGCCAUGUGAUCGAGAUUGUUAAUAAAGGAACCCACAGUCAUGAUCCACCUCGAAAGAAUAACCCCACCAGAGAAAUCAAGGUUGCAUUAUCAUCUGCACCUGUUAUGAGCAAUAGUUUAAAAGAACAUCCAAUAAGCACACUCAAGGAUUCAGAUCAGGCCACAUUGCCAAAAGAACCUAUAAAGGAAACACCCAUGAGUCCUGAGAAAAAGCGGCAGAGUUCAAGUGGUUCUGAUGGGAAUGGGAGAAUUCAAAUCAAAGAGGAGCAUAUCAGUGAGCCUGAACCAAAACGGAGAGUGAAGAAGGAGAACUUAGAAUGUUCAGAUACUCUCAUAAAAACUGGAAAGAAACCAAAAUUUGUUGUGCAUGCAGCAGGGGAUGUGGGAAUCUCAGGUGACGGGUACAGAUGGCGCAAGUAUGGACAAAAGAUGGUGAAGGGAAAUCCCCAUCCCAGGAACUAUUAUAGAUGCACAUCCGCUGGGUGUCCUGUUCGUAAACACAUUGAAACAGCAGUAGGUAACACAAACGCAGUCGUGAUCACAUAUAAGGGAGUACAUGAUCAUGACAUGCCAGUACCCAAAAAGCGACAUGGUCCGCCGAGUGCUCCCCUUGUAGCUGCUGCUGCUCCUGCUUCUAUGAACAAUUUGCAGCCCAAGAAAACUGAUACAUUCCAGAACCAAGUAACUUCAACGCAAUGGUCUGUCGGAAAGGAAGGUGAAUUAACCAGUGAAACCUUGGACGUUGGAGGUGAGAAGGAAAAGGCAAUGGAGUCAGCCCGAACUCUUCUGAGCAUUGGAUUUGAAAUCAAGCCUUGCUGAUGGAUCCUUUCUCUAGACCGUGCAAGACGAAAAGGUUAUCUAUGCUCGGCCUCCCUUGAAAAUCGCGUAGCUGUUUAGAUGUGAAUUAUUAUUGAAUUAUGAGGUUUGAUGAUUUGAAUUUUUUUUUUUUAUAAAUCUUUUUUCAACUUUCCUUCUUCCUCCAGUCCAGCCUUUCAUCAGACAGACAUCUGUAUAUUUGGUAUUGUACACAAUCAGUAAGCUAAUAGUAUUGGAACAUGGAAUUGGUUGGCACCAAUUUUUCCAUAUCUUUGUUGU